CCGCCCGCCCUGCAAGAAAGGAGGAAAUCAGCGGAAGCUUUCUAGGAACAACACCCAUCGCGUUCUCUCUCUACACACUCGUGAAAUGAGCUUACCCUAUAUAUCAGCAGCUGCCAGCGAGAACGCGAGAGUAGAAAGAAAAGCCAGGACGCGUCGAGUGCCGCCGCCAAGAGCAUACACGCAGCAUGAGCAUGAGCCUCGACGCCGCGACCGCGGCCGAGGUCGCCGCGGUGGUCGCCCUCGCGGUGCUGAUCGUGGCCAUCGCCGCCGCCUCCGCGGGCGCCUGCGCGGGGCGCGCCGCCGCCGCGGUGCACGACAUCGAGCGCGCGCUCGGGGCCGACACACUCGUGAGGUACGACCAGGCGAAGGCGGCCUUCAGGAGCAGGAGGGCUUCGGCGCCGUCGACGGAAGGGAAGGAGAACGUCGAGGAGGAGGAGGCGCCAUCCUGCGCCUUCUGCCUGUCGGAGUACUCCAGGGCGGACGAGCUCGUGCGGGUGGUGCCGGCGUGCCGGCACUUCUUCCACGCGGAGUGCGGCGUCGACGCCUGGCUCCGGAAGCGCGGGACCUGCCCGCUCUGCCGAGGCCGCGUGACGCCGCUGCCGAGGCUGCCGAGACCGGAGUGCCCGCCGUUGCCGGCGCGAGCGCGCGGCGACGCGUGGGUAUCGCGGUAGGGAGUCAAUCUGCUUGGACAUUACAUUAG